GCCCGGCUUUAAAGGGCGGCGGGGGGGAUGCCGCGCCACGAGCUGCUGUCCUCGCCCGCCAUGAAGCGCGACCAAGUGCCCCUAGGCCUGCAGGAGCUACCGGAGCUGCCGCCGCCCCCCGUGGCGGGGGAGGCGGGCGGUGCGGAGCCGGAGCCGCCGGUGUGGAUCUUCGGGUACGGCUCGCUGGUGUGGCGGCCGGGCUUCGAGUUCACGUCGCGCAAGGUGGGCUUCAUCCGCGGCUACAGCCGCCGCUUCUGGCAGGGCGACACCUUCCACCGCGGCAGCGCGAAGGCGCCCGGCCGGGUGGUGACGCUGCUGGAGGACCGCGGGGCAUGCACCUGGGGUGUAGCCUAUGAAGUCUGUGGAGAACAAAUUGCUGCAUCACUGCAGUAUCUGAAUGUGCGAGAAGCUGUGCUGGGAGGCUAUGACACCAAGCUGGUGAAGUUCCACCCUCAGGACAAGGAUGCAGAUGCUUCGCAAGCAGAGGAAAAGUAAAAGCCAAAAGGAAAGAAUGCUUAUCACAGCUACUGGCUUCUGCACUGGUCGGACACAAUCUCUGCAGUGAUACAGUCUGGCUGGCAAGUGCAGAAAAGAGCCUAUGUUUUUUUGUUUUGUUUUCUUGUUUUUCCUGUUCUUUUUUGUUAUAGCAUCUGCAAAGGCUGUGCUCUAUCAAGCUCUUCCAUCUGCAGUAGAGGCUGAACAGCACUUCAUACACACCACAGAGCUGAUCUGUCAAGAAACAAUGUCUGGUUUUGUAGCAGACUGUUUUUCUGCUCCUGCUACCUAAAAGGGCAAAAGAGUAAAGAAGGGAGAAGAACAAGGGUCUAAUGGAUGUGUGGUUGCAACGAGACAAAUGAGAUUGACUGUGCACAAUAUGGCCUGAAUCAUUCAGCACAAAACAGAGAGAUGUGGUCACCUGUGUACUUUGGAGCUUUUCCAUAUAACAGUUCUCAUAUAGGUCAGUGCCAGAAUAGUAGUACUGCCUACGGCCAGCAGAUGCCAAAACCUAGUGCUGUGAGUCAAUCUAGGCCUGAAAGUCCUUAGGGGAACUUUAAAUUGGUUUAUAUCGCUUUCAGUUCUCCAGCCUAGUCCCAACGGCAGAGGAGAAAAUGAACGAGCAGAAUUUGGAUGGGCGGUUUUUCCCGAGUUGGACGUCUCACUUUGGUACUGUCAGUGCUCAUGAAAUGCCAUAUACUUUAGUAGCAUCAAAUCCAAAGGGUUUUUUUUCCCUGUAAUUCACAGACAGAUAUAGCAUAAGACAGCACAGUCCCAGCACGUGAGCAGGCACUAACGUACCACUAACAAACACACAGCCUAGCUCAGCACUGCAUGGUUUCCUGGCCGCAGGAAGAGAUUUAAAAAAUAGGUUUGCAGCCAGGUUAUGGAAAAACUACGCUUGCAGCAGAAGUAGCAACCACUCAGCACAUUUGGAGAUUUCCUACUAACUAGUUGCCUUGGCUUAAGCAAAAGCCUCUCUAGUUUAACUGUGUAGUAUUGAAGUUAUUAGAGAAUCUCUGUACGGUUUCAUAGCGGUGUUAGGACUAGGGUCAGUGGGCAGGCAGGCAGGAAGUGGGCAUACUGGACAACGCUGUGGAAGCUCUACAUGCUUUGUUUACAAACCCUGUACACUUUUUGUUUGGCUUUUGGAUGUGUUUUAUUCUUUCUCAGCUCCCUUUUCAUCUCAUGUGUAGUGCCAGCCAAACUGAUGAGUGUUUAUGCUUUUGAAUUCCUGAAGCACAGCCAGUACCUUGAACUCUAGAGAAUGAGAGUGAAAUAACGUAAAAGGUUGGGCAAGUUCAAAGACAGAGAGGUGCUGUUUUCCUAGCUGGAGACACCAAACUGUUCCCAGACCACACUGAGCUUUUCUGGGGACACAAGAACAAAGACUUCUCUCUUCUGUCCUCCUGUUUAUGCUGCUUUUUGCCUCCCUCUUCUCACUAUUUUCAUGGGACACAUUUCCAUGAAUCUUAAAUUAAAAUCACCAAGGAUCAGUUUGACCGAAGUCUGACAAUUUGGGAGACACCUGAUAGCUAAUGGUCUUAAAAGCUCGUAUCACCAACAGAAUUGGGAAAGGGGAAGUUUUUGUCCAAACCACUCAAGCCAUGGUAGCUCAGGUAGCAAAAGCGAAUGCCAGAUCCCUGCUUUGUCCACAAGCAGAUAGCAGGUAGUGCAGCACUUAGCAGCACCCAGAAAUCGGUAAGUGCUUCACUCAUGGAAAGAGAAGUCUCAGGAUGAAUUUUAUACAGAUGAGGUUUAAUUCAGCCUGUAAAACCUUGCUGCUUAGGAAAUUUGUCCUGCAGAAACAUGACUGAUGCAUGCCUGGGCUCACGUUGUGGGUACGUGCAGCUCAACUGUACCUUGCAAGUCAGAUACUGUGCAGAGCAGGCACAGACGGCCUCUGACAUACUGGACUCACCAUGCAUUCUGCAUGAAGCCUUUGCUCGUAUUUCGGGCUGAGGGUUUCUGCAGACCAGGCCGUUCAUAAGCACAAGCACACACAUGAUGCAGCAUGCAUGAGGCCAGGCACGUUCCCCUCUGAGACUUGCACAGCAAUGCACCUGCCCCAAAUAUCUUCAUUCACAGGUGAAGGGAGAGGCUAAAGAACGGUCCAAGCUAACACCAGCACUGGAAUUCAUUAGCUUAUGGCCUCAGUAAUCUGUUUUGCUACUCUGCCUCGAGCUGAAGUCAUGGACCUAGCAACACCACCAGUACAGGCAAUAUUGAAAUCAUUCCACAGACUUGCAUCCAGCCCCCUUACAGCAAUUAUAAACAGCCUACAAACAGCCUCGGGGCAACCACAUCCAGCUCACUGAUAUUAAACUCUGUCUACACAAAGCAUAUGUGACAUUCGAAAACAUUCAGAAAACAAGCAAAAAAGUAGCCUCUUUUCCUCCUUGUCUAGACGAGACACCAGUGGUUGCAAACUCCAGGUCAGCAGAAAGGUGGCAUGUGAUGGUGACGGAGGGAGCACACGCUGUCCUGCUUCCGGGGAGUAGCAAGGCAGCGCCAUCGUUAACAGAAACACAGCGGCUGCUCGUGGAUGUGUUUACGUUACCUCCCCUCACCUUGCGCACAUCGCGUGCCCAGGCACUGUCCAUGCGUAUGCUUUCCAAGUCCGCCCGAGCAGCUCAUGCUGUAAGUGACCUCUGAGGACCGUGACCUAAAUGCUGUGAGAGGCUGCUGGCGCUCGCCGGCGGCAGAUACUGUUACAGAGAGCUGGGGUCAGCAGACUUGUCCCCAGGCCACUCCAACAGACAUCAUGAGCUGGAACAUCUCACUUUGGUUUUUUUCCAGCGAGGUGCUCAUUUCCUUCAGAAAAUUGAUCCCAAAGUACAUUUCGAACAGCUAGCUAGUUUUUAGACUAUACAUUUCUUCAUUCUUCUAUCUGCUUUAUAACAGUAUGUUUUUCUCCAAGACUUCAAUCUUCCUCCAACACACAAUCUCAUUUUUAUAGAGGGAAAAGAGCAGGAAUGCCCAGCUCCCUGUAGCUAUGAUGCAUACUGCUUUUUAUUUUCCCUUUGACAUUCAAUCUCAGACACUCCAUUACCUUUGGAUCUGUUAGGGCUGGAGCCAGAUGAAACCAUCUCUCUUGUCACUGCAUAGCACAGUCGAUUCUGGAAGUGCAUCUCUAAACCACAUAUACAGUGCAUCUUUUCCUGGAAAUACAUCUGAUAACUUGAGGACAGAUCAGUCCUGGACUGAAGACAAGAAAUAACAGUGGGACCACUGUCACUCAGAAUACCUAUCCACUAUUUUUUCCAGAGGAUUCUUGUCUCAUUUCACUUCAUGAGGGAUGCUAAUAAACAAGCAGCAGUUCAAUUCCUUGUUGCCCCCUUAUUUAAUAUGUGGUCCCACAUUUGUUUAUAUACUUUGCUCUGAAUGCAAGGGGACUGCUUCCCAUAUUGACUUUUCCCUAGCAAAUCACUGUAGCAACCAAGCCCUUUGCACACUUCAAUUCGCCCUCACAGCGCCUUUGUGAGGAAGUAUAAUUUUGAUUUUACAGAUGGAGAAGUGUCAGAUGAAGAGUCUAACUUCAAAAGCGUACACCGACUUUACACAGUGUGAAACAUUAAGAGAUGAUGUUUUUCAAAGCACUUGAAACCAUGUUAUAGUAGGUAUUCAGAGAGACCCUGCGGGAAAAAGACAUUGUGUGUUCAUGUAAUCGGGACUGUAUUAUGAUGCAUAUAUACGAGAAUCAUUUCGAGUUUUCACGGAUAUCCUUUUUUUCCCAUUGUCUGAUUAGAAUCUAUGUUUUUGUAAUUUUAGUAAUUUGCUCUUAGUAUUCCUAAAACUUCACAUACUUAACUUUGCAAAAUAUUAAUAUGCCAACAUAAAUUUAACUUUGGCAAAGAAA